CCUAACGAUGCUGAACCGUCUCAUGAUCAAACUUCCGGAAUUCUCGGUCUCCAAAUUCAUCAGGCUAUGGGAUUACAAGUUACAGCUGCGCCAUAUGUUAAAGAAACGUCCGGAAUAGUUUUGUCUGAUAAUGUUUAUAACGCGACAUUUCCAAAUCCUUAUUGUGUCGUAUAUGUAAACGAUACUCGAGUCUUUCGAACUCGUGCAAAACUAAAUAAUACUGCGCCAUACUGGAACGCGUCUACAGAACAAUUUGUUAAAGACUGGAGAACGGCAAUUGUUAGAAUUGUUGUUAAGGAUCAAAAAGAUUUAGAAUAUGAUCCGGUAAUUGGAAUAGCGACAAUUCCUUUAAAAGGACUUCUUGAACAUAAGGGAAAGCAAGGAGCAAAAUGGUAUCCAUUACGACAUGGCGUUGGAUGCGGUAAAGUUCGAUUGAGUUUCGUAUUUAAAACCAUAGCGAUUAAUUUGUCACCGGAAGAAAAAGGAUACGAUGUCGGAACUUUACUUGUAGAUUCAAUUGUUGCUGAAGAUUUAGACCCGAAAUUAGCUAGUAAUCAUAUGUCUUUAACUCUCUCAUUAUGUGGAUCUUCAGAAGAUGAACGAUUUACGAUAAUUUCUCACGGUAAUCCACCGCGUUGGCUUGUCACUUCAAAUUGUGCGGAAGAUUCAAGUAAAUUACAAUUUGGAGUAUUAAGGCGUCACAGAACUAGACUUAUUAUUACAUUGAAGCAACGUGGUAUAUUUGGAAUAACUCAUACCGUAGGCACUGCUACUCUCUGGUUGAGAAAUAUUCGUGAUUGUAAAGAUAUUGAAGUUAAGUUACCUAUAUACGAAAAAUAUUCUGAAGAUAAUG